AUGGAGAGGGGAGAGGGGAGGAGACAGAGGAUGGAGGGAGGAGAGGGGAGGAGACAGAAGAUGGAGGGAGGAGAGAGGAGAAGAGAGAGAAUUAGAGGAGGUGGUGGAGGGGUGUACGUGUGGCUCCUCCUGGUGUGUAUGUUGCUGGGGGAUGUCCUGGGCUGGGUGACCCCUGGAGUUCAUGUUGGGGUCGAGGCUCAGGCCAAUGAAAGGAGAGUCCUGGCUCACAUUCCUGGUGACAUCAUCAUAGGAGCGCUGUUCUCUGUUCACCACCAACCUCCUGCAGACAAGGUCCAUGAGCGUAAGUGUGGAGCUGUCAGAGAACAGUAUGGUAUCCAGCGUGUGGAGGCCAUGAUGCACACCCUGGACCUGAUCAACUCUGACCCCCACCUCCUCCCCAACAUCACCCUGGGCUGUGAGAUCAGGGACUCUUGCUGGCACAGUGCAGUGGCAUUAGAACAGAGCAUAGAGUUUAUCAGAGACACGCUGGUCUCCAACGAGGAGGAGGAGAGCCUGAGUCUGGGGAAAUGUCUGGGGGAGGACGGGAUAGAGAUGACCCCUGUCAGAGGGAAGAAACCCAUUGUAGGGUUGAUAGGACCGGGUUCCAGCUCUGUGGCCAUCCAGGUGCAGAACCUGCUACAGCUGUUCAACAUACCACAGAUCGCUUACUCUGCUACCAGCAUGGACCUCAGCGACAAGAGUCUGUAUAAGUACUUCAUGAGGGUGGUGCCAUCGGAUGCUCAGCAAGCCAGAGCCAUGGUGGACAUCGUCAAGAGAUACAACUGGAGCUACGUCUCUGCUAUACACACAGAGGGUAACUAUGGUGAGAGUGGUAUGGAAGCCUUUAAGGAACUGGCAGGUAGAGAGGGCAUCUGUAUCGCUCACUCAGAUAAGAUCUACAGCAACGCAGGGGAGCACAACUUUGACAAGCUGCUGGAGAAGCUGAGAGGACACCUGCCCAAGGCUCGGGUGGUGGCUUGCUUCUGCGAGGGUAUGACUGUACGAGGCAUACUGAUGGCAAUGAGACGGAAACACCUGGUGGGGGAGUUCCUACUGGUGGGGAGUGAUGGCUGGGCUGACCGGUAUGAUGUGACAGAUGGAUAUCAGCAAGAGGCUGCAGGGGGAAUAACUAUAAAGCUGAAGUCAGCCUACAUCCCCUGGUUCGACGACUACUACUUGGCUCUGCAACCAGAUGACAACACCAGGAACCCCUGGUUCACUGAGUUCUGGCAGCACCGGUUCCAAUGUAGACUAAAGGGACACGCACAGGAGAACACCAAGUACAACCGUACCUGCAAUAGUAGAGAGUCUCUCCGGCAGCAGUAUGCCCAGGACACUAAGAUGGGUUUUGUCAUCAACGCUAUCUACUCCAUGGCUUAUGGACUACACACUAUGCAGCAGACAGUCUGCCCGGGAUACCAAGGUCUGUGUGAUGCCAUGCGGCCUAUCGACGGUCGCAAGCUGCUGGAGUUUCUGAUGAGGACCAACUUCACUGGAGUCUCUGGAGAAACUAUCCAUUUUGACCAGAACGGAGACUCACCGGGCAGGUAUGAGAUCAUGAACUUUAAGCGUCUGGGCGGUGAUGGUGGUGUGGAGCAGUACAGUUAUAUCCAUGUGGGGAGCUGGGACCAGGGAGGACUGAGGAUGGACGACGAAGAGAUGUGGGCUAACGCCUCCACCAUUAUACAGUCUGUCUGCUCUGAACCCUGCCAGAAGGCACAGAUCAAGGUGAUCCGUAAUGAGGUCAGCUGCUGCUGGACCUGAAAAGACAAUGAGUUUGUGUUUGAUGAACAUGAAAACGAGUCUGGCUCUCCAUCCAUCGGCCACAUCUUGCUCUUCAUCACCCACAGCGAUAUAAACCUUUUCUUCAAAUACACCAUGUUCACGGUUAUCCAAAACAAAGGUUGUGAGCCUAUCCCGGUGCAGUACGUACAUUGGGGAGACCCUGAACCCAUAGCAGCAGUGGUGUUUGCCUGUCUGGGGCUCAUGGCUACCCUGUUUGUUACCUCCAUAUUCAUCAGGUUCUAUGACACCCCGGUAGUGAAGUCGAGCAGUAGAGAGCUGUGUUACAUCAUCCUGGCUGGGAUCUGUCUGGGCUAUCUCUGUACCUUCAGCCUCAUCGCCAAGCCCCACGCUGCACACUGUUACCUACAGAGACUGGGGAUAGGACUGUCCCCUGCCAUGAGCUACUCUGCCCUGGUCACUAAGACUAACCGUAUAGCCCGAAUCCUGGCUGGCAGUAAGAAGAAGAUCUGUACCAAGAAGCCCAGGUUCAUGUCAGCCUGCGCUCAGCUGGUCAUCGCCUCCCUACUCAUCCUGCUACAACUAGGAAUCAUAGUAGCUCUGUUCAUUAUGCAACCACCACAGGUGAUCUAUGACUACCCCAGUAUCAGCGAGGUCCAUCUGAUCUGCAACCUGACGACACUCGGAGUAGUAACUCCUCUGGGUUAUAACGGACUGCUCAUCCUCAGCUGUACCUUCUACGCCUUUAAGACCCGUAACGUUCCUGCUAACUUCAACGAGGCCAAGUACAUCGCCUUCACCAUGUACACCACCUGUAUCAUCUGGCUGGCCUUCGUCCCCAUCUACUUCGGCUCCAACUACAAGAUCAUCACCAUGUGUUUCAGUGUUAGUCUCUCUGCUACUGUGGCUCUCUGCUGCAUGUUCGCCCCCAAGGUAUACAUCAUGCUGGCAAAACCGGAGAAGAACGUACGGAGUGCCUUCACCACCUCUACCCAGGUCCGUAUGCAUGUAGGGGAUGCCAAGACAGCCGCUAACGCUGCCAAACCCAAGACCAUGGCUGGACUCUUCAGAAGGAAGGGGUCUGAAGACAACCUCAGCUCCAACGGUAAGUCGGUGUCGUGGUCUCAGAAUGAGCGCAGCGGCUACAGACCCACCCUGUGGAAGAGGAUCUCUAUCCACAUCAAGAAGAAGGAGGAGGUCAACCAGACAGCCAUCAUUAAGCCCUUCUCUAAGGGGGCGGGCACCCCCGACCUCGCCCCCGCCACGCCCCAACUUGGGGACAGGGGGGUCUAUGAUGAACCUCAGGGGGCACAGCAUUACCCCACUGGAACCUACCCUUGUCCUCCCUCGCCUCAUGUUGGAGCAUACCGCCGUUGUCCCUCCUCACCCUCCCCACUAGCCCUGCCCACCGUCAGCCAAAGGGUGGGAGGCUUCCACCCCUGCCCUUCCUCGCCUCACGCUGGAACCUACCACCCAUGUCCCCUCCGGGGGGCUCAGGGGUCCCAGGACGGAGGGGAGAUCAGGGCUCUGCCAUCCUACAUGACAGAGAGGCCUCAGACAAGGGUGUAUGGUGGGGUGGGUAUGGGGGGCAUAGGUGAUAUUGGUGGUGGUGGUAGGGGUGAUGGUGGUAAGGGUGUAGGUAUGGGGGGCAUUGGUGAUAUUGGUAGGGGUGUAGGUAUGGGGGGCAUUGGUGAUAUUGGUGGUGGGGUUGGUGUGGGUGAUUUAGACAUGGGUAAAGGUGUUGGUGGUAUAGGUGACAGGGGUAUUGGUGUGGGCACGGUGGGCAGUCAGCCCCAGGGCUCCAACAUCAUGGAUCAGAUUAGCUGUGUGGUGAACCGUUUCACCGCCAAUAUCAGCCAGCUCAACAACAUGAUGCUCCCUGGGUCGCCACCGGAGGGAGCUGACCCCCCUCCUCCGGGUCCAGGCCUUACCCCCGCCCCAUGCCCUCCUCCCUACAUCCUACCCCGCACCCGACAGCCAAAUACCACAGUCACCACCUACGCUGAAGUAGCAGCCAUCGCCGCCUCUAACCAUGGCAACCCCCGGGUGGGCGGGUCGGUCGGUGUGGUCUAUGGUCCUGGGGGCGGUGUGUGUGGUACUGCAGCGGUGAGAACCACAGAGCUGCUGGAGGAGCUUGUUGCUCUGGCCCCUCCUUCCCCAUUUAGAGACUCCUCCCUGGAGUCUCCUAGCGCCACGCCCCCCUCCCUGACCUCGGAGUAUGCCCUGGGUGAGCCCUGUCCCCCGGGGAAAUAUGACAGACUGAUGCUACGGCACUACAGCCAGAGCUCCUCCUCCCUGUAA